CUUUACUGGCCUGAUGUGUUUGUUCAAAGCAGAGCUUAAAAACAAAGGUUUUAAGAAGAAAGAAGAUUUGAAGAAAUUGAGUAUAUGAGUUUACGGGAAUUUUCCUCUCCUAUCAUGAGAUAUUGUAGUCAUCCUUUCUUCUGCAGUUGAUGAUUCUCCAGCUGGCUUGGAGAUGACGGACAGUGUGAGGGCGUUCCUCCGCAAUGUGGCAACGGGGAUAAAAGAUUCUAUUCUGGGUAUUGGAACAAUCACCAAGCUAGAUGCUCGCAUACAACAAAAAAGGGAAGAGCAGAGGAGACGAAGAGCCAGUGGUCCACUGGCACAAAGACGGGCUCAGAGUCAAGACCGCAAACAGGAAAAUGAGCCCAAACUGGCGAGUAGGAUUUUUCAGUGUUGUGCCUGGAACGGAGGUGUAUUUUGGCUGAGUCUGUUUCUUUUCUACCGAGUAUUUAUACCACUGCUUCAGACUCUCACAGCAAAAAUUAUAGGUGACCCCUCUCUGCAUGGAAAUGUCUGGGCAUGGUUGGAGUUCAUCUUGACGUCAGUGUUUAGUGCGCUCUGGGUUUUGCCUCUGUUUGUACUUAGCAAGAUUGUCAAUGCCAUCUGGUUCCAGGACAUUGCUGAUAUGGCUUUUGAAGUGUCUGGACGCAAAGCUCAGCCAUUUCCAAGUGUAAGCAAGAUUAUAGCUGACAUGCUGUUCAACCUCCUCCUGCAGGCUCUCUUCCUAAUUCAGGGAAUGAUCGUCAGUCUGUUCCCCAUCGAUGCAAUCGGUCAGAUGGUCAGCCUCCUGCACAUGUCUCUGCUCUAUUCACUCUAUUGCUUUGAAUACCGCUGGUUCAACCAUGGAAUUGAAAUGCACCAGAGGCUGUCGAACAUUGAGAGGAACUGGCCAUAUUACUUUGGUUUCGGUUUGCCCAUGGCCCUUCUGACUGCUCUGCCAUCUUCGUAUAUCAUCAGUGGCUGUCUCUUCUCCAUCCUGUUUCCACUCUUCAUCAUUAGCGCCAAUGAGGCCAAGACCCCUGUGAAGCUUUACCACUUUCAGCUACGUCUCUUCUCUUUGGUGGUUCUGAUCAGCAACAAGCUGUUCCACAAGACGGUGCACUUACAAAGUUCCCUCACUUCGUCCGCCUCCAGUGAAAAGCUCCAGUCUCCUCACACCUCCCCAAACCGUCACAAAUCACCACCCACCCAGUGACCUCCAUCUCCAUCCUAGAGCCAGUUUCAGUUGGUUUGAAUCUUUCUCAGUCAUUGAAAUGUACUUACUGAGGAUAAAUGAGGAUUUGCUGUAAAUGUGAAUGGGUAAAGUUAGGAGUGGAUUUGGGAUCUGUGCCUGUCACAUACAUUGGACCUUGAAGGAUGUGAGUUUUGCUUAAUUUGUCAUUUUGUUGGACAGAUUUUGUACCCAUUAUGUGCCAUUUUGGGUGAUUUUAGAGAGACUACAGCACACGUAAUUUAUGUGCGCUUUUAUUUUCUUUUAACCACGUUGCCCUUUUCACUGCCCUGUUUCGGCUGUUUUUAACUGUUUAUGGCCUUGUGAUUUUAGUUUAACUACAAUGACUGUGGCAGAGUUGUGUAAUUAACUUGCGCAUUGUAUCAAUUAAAAAGUUUCUAAUCCACAAGUAGUGCAACGUUAUACAUACAGACUUGCAAGCAUCUUUCAGUCAAUAGAUUUGGUUCUUUCUGGGAUGUUUUCAUGUGCGCUGGUAUAAAUUUCCAUCUUAUGGGUAAUAGUGCACCCAAGAAUAAGGUGUGUAUUUACGUAUUAUCUUGAUUGAGAGUCCAUUGCCGCUUAUAUCACCACCGAUCUGAUCAAGGAGAGCCAAACUAUUUCUUUAUUAAUAUAUCUGUUUAUGUAUAAACUAAAGGAAGCUGCUAUUUUGGUAUCUUUGGAUGUUGGCUGAUGAUGGCAUGUUUAACAACUAAGGAAAAAGAGCACAGACUGGCAUUAGCUGGUUUCUGGUUUAAAUGGUUUGUGCUGGCUAGAGCUGGUCUUAUGCUGGGAAAAUCAAUUAACUCUUAAAAACCUGUUUUAGUGUGAGUGUUGGAGCAGAAUAAAUAGGUAUAGUUGUGUGCCUGUAAUCCAAAACAGCAAAAUAUAUACAAAACAACAAAACAUUUACACCUACACAUUUAUACCCUACUAAAAUAAUCCACAGACCAGCAGGUCUUUGGUGUUUUGGACUCAUUUAUGUGGGUUUUUCUGCUGAUCACAAAACCAACAAUGAGCAGCAUAAGAUCAGUGUAGACCAGCUGAGCUCGUCUGUGCUGUUUCCUCUGCAGGAAAGGCAGAUCAAAUAAUGGUUUAGAGAUAAACUAAUGAUUUUGGAGGUUGACACUGACAAAUAAAGUUACUAAACACUUACUGGCCACCUAACCAACACCUGUACACCUGCUCAAUAAUGUAAUUGUUUAGUCAGCUGGUCAUGUAGCAACAGCACAAUGCAUAACAGAAUACAUUAUAUGACUUGAGUGACUUCUACUGUGGCAUGGAUGUGUGUGCCCCACAGGCUGGUUUAAGUAUUUCAAACUUCUGAUUUUCUGGGAUUUACAGAAAUAACAAUUUUAGUUUGCAAAAAACAUCCAGUAAGUGGCAAAUCUGAAGACAGAAAUUCCCUGUUUCUGACAUGCUCAACCUUUAAUGGCAUUUCUGUAUGAUCUUAUGCAUUGUGCUGCUGCACAUGACUGGCUGGUUGAAUUAGAAUUACAUAGAAGUAAGCAGUCAUAUGACCUGAGCAUUAGCCUAGUGCUUGCAGUUUCUUUUGCAUCCCUAGCUUUAUUGCUUAUGGAUCUCGGAAGGUUACUUCUAACCUGAGGUACCUAAUCAGUGUAACCACUCAGUGAUGGAGUUGUAUGGGGUACUUUUUUUUAGUGUGUUAAUGUACGAAAUGUGUAUUGUUACAAAUGCAAGUUAGUAUUUGUGAGUGACAUUUUGUACAAAGUAUUACAAUAAAUUUUGUCUGUAUGCA